GUACCUCGGCACCGCGGUGGGCACUGCUGUGAUCUCCUCCGCUCUGCUCAGCGACUACCAGGAGAUUAGCACGUCUGUGCGCUACCGCCUGCAGCACCACGUCCAGGACCUGCCCGAUAAGCUGGUGGGGCCCAUCUGUGCCUUCUGGAACUUCAGCCUCAGCCCAGAUGCUGGCGGGAUGUGGUCCACAACCGGCUGCUCUGUGGUGACAUCUCUCCCGGACUCCACUGCCUGUUUUUGCAACCACACCACGAAUUUUGCUGUGCUGCUGCAGGUGUACGAGAUGCAGAGGAACACCAAGGAGGAGCUCACGCUGCAGACCUUGACUUUUAUUGGCUGUGGAGUUUCCUUCUGUGCCUUGAUAGCUACCUUCAUUUUAUUCUUGGCAGUUGGGGUCCCCAAGAGUGAACGAACAACGGUGCACAAGAACCUGAUCUUUGCAUUGGCUGCAGCGGAAGCUCUGCUCAUGUUCAGUGAAUUGGCCAAGACCAACCAGGUGGUGUGUUUCACCGUCACCGCCUGCCUUCAUCUCUUCUUCAUGGCAGCCUUUUCGUGGAUGCUGGUAGAGGGGCUUCUCCUGUGGAGCAAAGUGGUAGCAGUCAACAUGAGCGAAGACAGGAGAAUGAAGUUCUACUAUGUGACAGGCUGGGGCCUUCCAGUUGUUAUCGUGGGUGUGACCCUUGCAACUUCCUUUAACAAGUAUGUGGCAGACAACCAUUGCUGGCUGAACGUUCAGACCAAUGUCAUCUGGGCCUUUGUUGGGCCUGUUCUCUUCAUCCUGGCUGUGAACACCUUUGUGCUGCUCCGGGUGGUGAUGGUGACUGUGUCCAGUGCUCGCAGGAGAUCCAAGAUGCUGACGCCCAACAGCAGCCUGGAGAAACAGAUCGGAAUACAGAUAUGGGCCACAGCCAAGCCCGUCCUGGUGCUGCUGCCAGUGCUGGGGCUGACCUGGGUGUGUGGGGUCCUUGUCCACCUCAGCAUCGUUUGGGCCUACGUCUUCAUCGUGCUGAACUCCCUCCAG